AUGGCUCCCCUGCCAGACCCAGACUAGGGUGCUCCUGGAAAGGCGUGCUUCCUGGAAAAGCCGCGGGCCUCCGCGGGCCUCCGCGGACGCUCAUGGACGUUACCUUAAGCUUUUCGCCCCCCCGAUCCCUGAUCUCCAGGUCGAUGUCCCAAGUCGGCCAUCCGGUCUCCAAAAGGUUGAUCCUCCACGUCUCGGAGGAGCCAACCUGAGUCAAGUCGAUAGCCGAGGCGGCUUGGCCAGAUCCAUAUCCCACAAAUUCCCCUCAUUCUAAAACCACAGGGACGCGCGCCCCUGCGCUGUGGCCAUGCUCAUAUCAGAAUGGAUGGGAGCGAAUCAUGGGGCUUAGCCUGCGAAUCCUCUACUUCCUCAGGCUUUUAUUUAUCGCCAUGGACACCGUCCACUGUUGUGAUUUCGCCGAUUGCGAGAUCGAGCGCGAAACCAACCAUUGGGCCUACCGCGAUACUGCUGGAGCGGUAGUCAAUUGAGAGAAUCAUCCCGAUGAGUGGCGUUCCCAACCGCCGCCCUCCCCUGGUCGCCUCUCGCUCGGCCCCUGACAUCUUCCGCCGGCCGAUGGACCCGGCCCCGGCACCGCUGGUGUACAUUAAUGGUUGGCACGGCGUCGGAAAAGAGACGGUAGCCGAGUGUCUGACGCUUCUCCUGGGUAAGGACAAGUCUCUGCUCAUCGACGUCCGCAGCGUCGGACGGGAGACUACCGGCGGCGGCGACAACCGCUACGGCGACGCCGGGCGCAUGUCCAGACACAAUUACCACCGUCGAGACGAGCACUGCCCACCCCUCUUGACUCCGGAGCAUCCGCGCUACCACUCUUUCGACCUCGACCCGGACGCCGACACUCUGGGUCCGCUGCCAUCGUCACCUUCCUUCUCCUACUUCUCCUCCGCCCCUCCGGUCUACUCGUCGGCGACCUCCAGCUCCGGAUCCAUCUCUUCCGACACAACCUUAGCCACGCCCACCUCCCCGGCGUCAGCUGCGCGGCCCGCCAUCAAGACCACAGCCACGUCUCCCGUCCCGAUUUCUGUUACCGACCUCAUGCCCGCUUCUGCCACCGUCAUCUCACCCUCGAAAAACCAUGUCUCUUUUUGCCCAGUCGCCUUCCCGACGAUGAUGACCAAGCCUCUCAACACCACCACCACAACAACGCCAACAACAACAACAAACACCACAAACACCACAAACAUCACCACCUCCCCGCUUCUUCCCAGCCUGCCCCUGACGUCCGAGACUGCAGCUCUCCCAACGGAGGAGGCCCUCCCCGUCCCGACGCCCUGCAGCACCGAGAACCUCGCGGCCCUGCUGGCCUCCCCGGCGAACCGCCGGCGCAUCGCCAUCCUCCCGGCCUGCGCGCCCGACACCCCCGCGGGGCGGGCGGCGCUGCGCACCUUCGAGGCGGCGGCCGCCCGGGCGGGCCGGCCGUUCGCGGGCGUCGUGCUGCGGUGCGGCGAGGGGCCCCGUCGCCCGAGGAGGGGGACGAUGCCGGCGAGGAUGUCGUCGACGACUUCGAUGCCGACGGCGGCGGCGGCGGGUGGCGGUUAUGGUGGCGGUGGUGGUCGUGGUGGUCGUGGUGGUCGUGGUGGUCGUGGUGGUCGUGGUGGUCGUGGUGGUCGUGGGUCAUCACCACCACCACCACCACCAGCAGGAGGCGAGGCAGUGUCGGGCACGGAGGGACGGAGAGAAGACGACGACGGCAGUGGCGACGGCGGGAGGAUGCGGUCGCGGAGCUCACCCAGCCCCGGUGCUGAUGCUAGUGCUGGCGCCGGUGCUGGACCAGGGUUGGUUGAGAAGGAGGAGUGUCGGGCGCAUAGGCACGCCCCCGAGCUGGCGAGGCCGGCCGGGCCCGGGUUGACGGUGGACGUCACAUACGUGCCGGCUUUCGAGGCGGCGCUGCAGAUUGUCGAGUUCGUCAAGGGGUUGGAAGCGGAGCGGGAGGCCGAGCUGUACAAGGACGGCGGCGGCGGCGCCCGCGAGACCGGGGGACUAGGCGGGGAGCGUCUGGUCGCCUGAGCGUGUGAGGGCGUGAACCGGAAGCGUGCAAAGGGAGGGAGCCUGGGAAAGUUUCUUAUUACUCUCCAGUCCCCGCGCGCGCGGGGGCAGGAUGGCGAGACGCGCUGCCUUAUUAUAUAUCGUCCCACAGCAGAGCAGAGCCGAGGCAAGCCCAACGAAAGCCAUGUUUAAGUGAGGGCAGGUGCCCUCCCCCCCCUUUUCCCCCCUGCUGGCAGCUGCGACUACCGAGGCAAUGGCCGAAACGAGGCACGCCGCUCGCCUGGCGAGUUCUAUUGGUCUCCUUCUCAC